UGUCCCCUGCAAACACUUCAGCUGCCUUUGAGCUGUGAGCUCUCAAUGAAUUAUUUAUUUAAUAAAGUGUUUUUAAACUUGUCUUUCUCUUUCCUUUCUGAUUAAUUUGUUUGAAGUUGUUUUUUCCUCUUUAAUCUUAGUCCCUUCCCUCUCUUUCCCUCCCUUAUCUUUUCCCCUCCCUCUGUCCUUUGUGCCGCCUCCUCUCCCAGAUGUGGGUUCAGCCCUGCCAGAUGGUGCCCCUUGGCACCAAGAUAAUGCUGAGAGCCAGUGCCAACCCCACAGGGGCUGUUGUGGCUGGCUGGGCUGUGGGCCACGAGGUCUCAGCUCCCUGCAGGUCCCCUCAGCCUCUCCUCUCCUUCCACCCCAGGCUGCCGAGUGCAUCCACCCCACAGAGCCCAGGGAACGUCAGCCCCGGGCCCUGAGGCUUCUCUGCAAGGAUGGGGAAAGGAACCCAAAGGUCAAAUUCUUCAAGCCAAGAGGAACCACUGAACACCUGCAGUGAUCCAGAGGAACAGUCCAAAUGUGUGUCCUACAGAACCGAGUCAGACUGGAGAACAUCCCCCAAGGUGCGUGUUCUCCUCGCUCUGAGUGUGUUCCUGGGGAUCCUCACCUUGAGCCUGGUCGUGGCACUGACUGUUCUCGGUGUGAGACCCCCUUUCUCUAAGCCGGAAUUCUCCCACGUGUGCCCAGACACCUGGCCUGGUUUCCAAGGAAAAUGUUAUCAUUUUUCUGAGGCUGAGGGCAACUGGACCACGGGCUGGACAAGGUGUGAGACCCUGGGAGCUUCACUGGCUACCAUAAGCACGAGGGAUGAACUGGCCUUCCUUCUGCGCUAUAAAGGCGAAGCAAACCACUGGAUCGGGCUGGGAAUGAGGGAUAAUGGCUGGGAGUGGAUCAAUGGCACGGCCUUGAACGGCAGGUUUGAGGUGAGGGGUGUGGGGCCCUGUGGGUACCUCGAUGACGGAUGGAUCAGCUCAUCCCUGUGCCACACGGAGAAGAACUGGAUCUGCAGCCGCCCCGACAACUAUGAACUCUGGAAGGGGAAAACAGGAGACCCCAAACCAGGACUUUCAACCUAAAUCUCUGGCCAGAUGAGGGAUGUUCACCCCAGCACUGCAACUGAAAUAUUCGGGGUGAAUCUAAAAAAUCAGGUAUAAGGA